ACUCCAUCCAAUCCCCCCUCCUCCCAACCUAACACCAAGAUGCCUCCUCUAACCGAAAACCGCGCCAUCCCCCUCCUCGACCACGCCGCCGCCAACCACUACGGCAUCCCCGCCAUGUGCUGCUACAACGUGGAAGGCAUCCUGGCGACCGUGCGCGCCGCGGAAGCGAAGCGCUCGCCGGCCAUGAUCCUGCUCUUCCCCUGGGCCAUCGACUACGCGGGGGCGAUCCUCGUGCACGCGGCGGCCGAGGCCGCGCGGGGCGCCUGCGUCCCCGUCACGGUGCACCUGGACCACGCGCAGUCGCCGGCGAUCAUCCGCCGGGCGGCCGACAUGGGCGGGUUCGACAGCAUCAUGAUCGACAUGUCGCACUACUCGAGGGCGGAGAACCUUUCGCUGACGCGCGAGCUGGUGGCGUACUGCCACGCGCGGGGCAUCGCCACGGAGGCCGAGCCGGGCCGCAUCGAGGGCGGCGAGGAUGGGGUCUCCGACACGGCGGACCUGGAGGGCCUGCUGACGACCCCCGAGGAGAGUCUGGAGUUCGUGGACACGGGCAUCGAUUGGCUGGCCCCCGCGUUCGGCAACGUGCACGGCAGCUAUGGGCCCCGUGGCGUCGUGCUGGAGUAUGAUCGCCUCCAGAGGAUCCAGGAGACGGUGGAGCCCCACGGCACGCGGCUGGUGCUGCAUGGCGCCGAUCCGUUCACCGAGGAGAUCUUCCGGAGGUGCAUCGGUUGCGGGGUCAGUAAGGUGAAUAUCAAUAAGGUGUUGAACAAUGAGUAUGUGCGCGUGCAGGCGGAGAAGGCUGGCAGUGCGCCCUUGACGGCGGUCAUUGAGGAGGCUACCGCGGAGAUGCAGAAGGCCGUCGAGCGGUGUAUUGAUAUGCUGGGGUCCGCGGGGAGGUAUCCUUGAUUGGGGGGUGUAUGGGUCUUACUAUUGUGUAUACAGGGUGGCGUUGACUCGGCUUAUCAUGGACAAUCAGCUGCGGGUGAAUAUAAUAUAUAUUG